CGUACGAUGCGCCCUCAUGGUCGCACAGACGAAAGCAGUGGGUCGAUUUUCCAAUUCCGUACAUCAACAGAGAUAUAUCAGUGACUGUCAGCGUUCUCAGCUGACGUACGAAAGGAUAAUAAAAUAUCGAAAAUGUCGUUCGGCGAAAAAAUAGCAUCGAUCAUGCAGAGACCUGGACAAGAUCCUGUUGCCAAGGACGAUGUGCCCUGGUGGAUGAAGUACGGGGGUCGCGGGCUCGGCACCGUUGGUAGCAUAAUUGCAAUUUUUCUCGGAGCAUGGAAUUGCGCGUCGAUAAUUCUCGGUAAUAUCGAUUGCUUAAUUAGCGGUAUGUGGCAGAUGAUAAUUGGUUUUGUGGUUGUAAUGAUCGAAGCGCCUUGCUGCUGUUUGUUCAUCGAUUUUGUACAGAAUUUAAGCGAUUGGGUGGAGAAGAAGCCAUAUUGGAAUAGAGCCGCUGCUUAUUGUUUAAUGGCAUUGCCAUCAGUCUUCCUAUGUCCAGGAAUGGGUAGUAUAUUUGGCAAUGGUUUAAUAUUUACAACGGGUAUAAUAUAUGGAUUGAUGUCCCUAGGCAAAAAAGGAUCCAGGCCCGACCCAGCAGGAAUGACGUCGGGCAUGGGUUCCCCACAGGGUACAAUGCCUCCUACUACAGAUCACCAUACUACUCUCAUGGAGGAUCCUGACGUCUGGAGGCCUACAUAAAUCAUCAAACAUUCAUUGCACCACUUCACUAACCAGGGCACCUUUUGGCGAAAUGAGAACAUCAGCAAUGGAUAUUCAAGCUCCAUCAUCGAGCAUGCGAUCCACACUAGUUGAAAAUACUCAGCCAAUCGGUGUUAGCAGUACCCCAGCUAGUAUUGUUUGAUCAUUAGGAUUUAAUUGGGUGAGCAAUCGAAUUUUUUUGUACGAAUGAUCACAAGUGAUAAUUAAUCGUUUAAAUGAUCAAGUAGCUCGAAUAAGUACGUCGAAUGAGCGUACGCGCCUCGUUUUACUUUAGCUCUGUCGCUGAUACAGAUACAUUAAAGUGUCCCAGUAGUGUCUCUAAUAAAUGUUUAUUAGAGCUUUGGGACAAAGCCGAAUGCAAAUCCUUGUAUCACAGAUCUACAAAACAGAUCUGUAAACCUGUUAUGAUCUAAAAAGAAAUCUAGAGAAAAAUUUCUUGAAUGCAAUACUUAAUGGGAUUUUUUUAUUUUAAUCUAUUUUCGUUUUACUGUUUGUGAGAUACAUUAUCAUAAGAUUCGUAUGCGCUUGUUAUAUCUUACGUUUGUAUGAAAUGUGUAUGUAAAGUGGAGUGGAAUAUAUUGCGAAGACAGACACUAGAAUGACACUAGAAAGUAAGUGAAAAGAAGGAUUUGUUGCUUUAUUUUAAUAAUGCCAAAGUUAAAGACUGUCAUAGAAGUGAAUGUUCUUAUGGGCCUAGCUAUUCAUAGGUCCAUUUGUCCAUUGUACGUCGUGAAAUGUUAACAAGCGGAACGGUAGAAAAUUGUACAUGAUGUCACUUGUUUUAACAUAGUAAUAUUAAAGCGCUUUUAUUUUGCAAGCAAUUAGUUAAUAAGUACUCAACACAGAUAAAACUGAAUAAUACUUCCGCGAUAAUUUCGCAUUUGAAUUGUAAAAUACAUUGUUUUCAUAAUAUCAUGUAAGAAGCGAGAGAGUCAUAAUAUAUUAAUUUGCUAUUUUUUUUAUAUAUAUUAUAUCUAUAGAUAAGUUCUCUCUGCCAAAUAAACUAUAUGCAUAAAAUUUAAAUGUGUAUUUGAAACAGCGCGUUAUUUGUAUAUUUAUAUAGUAUUAUAAUUUUUACUGUAACACUCUAAAUUUAAUCAUAUAGUAAUCUGCUAAAGUCAUGAAUACGUACGCAGUGAGUUAAUUACUUUAGAAUUUAGUUUCCAUAAUUGUAAUGUGAGAGAGAGAGGGGGGGGGGGAGAUGGAGAAUUAAGAUGAAAAAUUCUAUUUUAUUUUAUUUUGUUGCAUAUGUAUUGAAGUACUUUUACUUUUUUGCAGCGAAAUAAACAGAAGAACAAAUGUAUUAUAUUUAUAUUAAAGACAGUGUGUGUGUGUGGUGUGUGUGUAUAUAUAUACACACACACACACACACAGGGUGUUUUGCAAUCACCGAGCAAUAUUUAUAUUUACACACGCACGUGCGCGCGCACACACAACACACACACACACACACACAUAUGUGCGCGCGCGUGCACACACACACACACGUAUAUAUGUAUAAAUUAACUAUCUUAUUGUGCGAUAUGGCAGAGGGAUAUAAUAAUGUUUAUUACUGACACAUUUUUUCAUAUCAAAAGAAAUCUGUAUAAUCGUAAAUAUAUUACAUACAUGUAGAUUGUGUCAUUUGUUGUAUUAAAUUUUAAUAAUGAGCUUUUUUAUCUUUCUUUUUAUUAAGAUAAAAUCAGAUUAAAGCGCUAGAAUGAAAUUAAAAGAGAAGUAGAUUUCAAGAUAUCUACAUGACUAUGUGACACAUAUCUUAUGUAUACACAUAUAUUCUUACAGAUUUACCUGCUGCAUUUCUAGUUUAUAAACGAUUAAACGAUUAAAAAUGUAAAUUUCAUAAGUAUAAUUUUAAACCAUGCAAAUGUUAAAACUUAUGAGAGCAAGACACUUAGGGCACUUAGUAUGAAUAUUUUAUUUCAAUAUUGUUCUAUUUGCAUUGUUUUUUCACUAAAUUACUGAUAUUAGAUGUGCCAAAAGUGCUUGUUAAUCAUAGUCGUUCCGCUAAAUCUUUAUUCGUAUUUGCGACGAUAUAUAAACUUUUUCGAUAUCGUAUACAUUUUUUUUGUACGCUAAACAUUUAAAUUUCUAUUACAAAUUGUUCUCUCAUUGUUCUCUCCCACACAUUCCAAUAUGUUACUUAAUUUAUUUAAGGAGAAUAACUUGUUUUAUUAUUGUCUGGCUCUUGCUCGAUAAUUUAUAAUGAUUUAUAUUUAGAAAAAUGAUUGCUCAUAAUAAAAUAAAUUCUUGUGAUUGACGCAGUCAUGUGUGUGUAUGUGUAUGUGUUUGUGCGCGCGUGCGCUUGUGUGGAUGUGUGUACAUAUACACAUAAUAGAAGAAUAUCAACAACUCGAAAGCAUGUACGUGCAUGUCUGGUGUGUUGUUUAAUUAUACAAGAUAUUUCACUUUUACGGAAUGAACUGUUAAAACAAUAGAUCUUUUAAUUUAAAAAUUGAAAACGUUAAAUUAAAUUUUAAUGUUAAAAUAUCGAAGCAUCAAUAGCUUUUAAAUGAUAAGUAAUUAAAAGUAAAUUUUUUUCUAGGUAAGAAAUUAGGAAGAUAGAACAGUUUUAAUCUAUAUUUAAUUUUAAAUAGAUGAUCAUUGAAGAUUUUUUUUUAUUUAGUUUUAAUGUUAGAAGAUUUUUAACGUUAAAGUUUAAAUAAUUUUAUGUUGAACUAAAAAAUAUGUUUAUCGAUAUCUUUUAUUCGAAGAAAAGUCGAUCAAAUUCAUUACAGAUUUUGUUAUUAAUGAUUGUUUUGGCGAAAGUGGAAUAUUUUGUAUAUGCUACGUAUUUACAUUUGCUGAGUAUUUUUGACUUAAAUUCUCAAGAUUAAUCAUCGUAUAUUAGAAUAAUCGAAUGUAAUGUCCUCGCAAUUAACAAAUAUAUGGAAAGUAAAAAUGUCCUAGCUUUGAUGCAAUGAUUAGAAUUGCACUUGUAUCAAAUUUUUUCGUCUAGCGCAAUUCUUGUAGCGCCUGUUUUUCAGUAGUUCGUCGGAUGAUCGACAGCGUUAGAAGCGAGGGCAAAACUUUGUGCAAAUAUAUUUCGACCACAUUAUACUCGAGCAGGAUAUUUUUGCUCUCCAUUUGUAAUAAUUGAAGGAUAUAUGAUUAUUAUUCUAUUAAUGAUUCCGCAAUUGCUGUAUUUGCUGAGAAAAAGGAAUGAUUAUGUUCUUUAAGUAAAUAUAACUCCUUUAAAAUAUAGAAAACAAUAUUCUCUGUGCAA